GCAAAGAGAGUGGGAGGUGGUUCCGCGCUGCUAAUUCCUGCUACAGGAAGUACUGAGUGAAGCGGUAGUGACAGCAAUCCACACCGUUUGUAAUCCUAUCCAGAUUUUUAGCUGUCAUUUUUAGUUUUAAUAAUGAAACAUGAGUCUCGCCAAUGAUUGAUGAGAGGCCCAUUUUGCAUGCAAUGGCAUUACAUUAUUGCCCAGGCCAUGGAGAGAAAGUAGAUGGCAACAAUUCCUGACACGUGAAAACCCAAGUGGACAAAUGGGAGCUGCAUCUGUGUGGCAUUCUUCACCAGAUUUUUCGUCAGCUUUUAACAAGUUAACAAAUGGCGCAGUGCAUGACUAAAGUUGAAUUGAGUGUCUCCUGUGAGAAUCUAUUAGAUAAAGAUGUUGGUUCCAAAUCUGAUCCAUUGUGUGUGUUACUCGUCAGUACUGGUGAAAAUCAAUGGGCUGAGAUUGAUCGGACAGAGAGAGUUAAAAACUGCCUCGCCCCAAAGUUCUCAAAGAGAUUCCUUGUGGAUUACUACUUUGAGCAGGUUCAGAAAUUGAAGUUUGGAAUUUAUGAUAUUGACAACAAAACAAUUGACUUGAAAGAUGAUGACUUCCUGGGACAUUUUGAAUGCACUCUGGGACAGAUUGUCUCAAGUAAGAAACUGAUGAGACCACUAAUGCUGAAAAACGGGAAGCUUGCAGGGAAAGGAGUAAUCUCGAUUUUCGCAGAAGAAGUAAAAGACAACAGAAUGGUUAACCUUCAAGUUCAAGCACGGAACCUGGAUAAUAAGGAUCUCUUUGGCAAAUCCGAUCCUUAUUUGGAGUUACACAAACAAACUGAGGAUGGCAAGUGGCAAAUAGCACACAGAACAGAGGUAAUUAAGAACAACUUGAAUCCCAGUUGGAAAGCAUUCAAAAUCCCUUUGCAUUCACUCUGUAGUGGUGACUUGCAGAAGCCAGUCAAGGUGGAGUGCUAUGACUAUGACAAUGAUGGAUCACAUGAUCUAAUAGGUACAUUUGAAACCAAUGUUGCCCAACUUCAAGAGGCAUCACAGAAUGGAACGGAGUUUGAAUGUAUUAACCCAAAGAAAAAACAGAAGAAAAAGAACUACAAAAAUUCAGGGACUGUGCUUGUUAAAUCAUGUCAGAUUGUGAAAGAAUACUCUUUCCUGGACUAUAUUAUGGGUGGCUGUCAGAUGAACUUCACUGUUGGUAUUGAUUUCACAGGCUCUAAUGGGGAUCCUCGUUCAGCUGAUUCUUUACAUUUUGUAAAUCCUAAUGGAUUUAAUGAAUAUUUGAUGGCGAUCUGGUCUGUUGGAAUGGUCAUUCAAGACUACGAUACCGACAAGUUGUUCCCUGCGUUAGGAUUUGGUGCACAGAUACCCCCUACCUGGCAGGUGUCACAUGAAUUUCCAAUUAACUUCAACUCUGACAACCCAUUCUGCGCAGGAGUGCAAGGAAUUGUGGAUGCUUACCGCAACUGUCUUCCACAAGUCAAACUAUAUGGACCAACAAACUUUGCUCCCAUCAUUAAUCAUGUGGCAAGAUUUGCAGCUGCGGCAGCACAACAGCCAACAGCUUCUCAGUAUUUCAUCCUACUGAUCAUCACAGAUGGAGUGAUCACAGAUUUGGAUAACACAAAACAGGCUAUUGUUAAUGCUUCUAAGUUGCCAAUGUCCAUCAUCAUUGUCGGUGUUGGUGGAGCAGAUUUCAGUGCCAUGGAAUUUCUGGAUGGUGAUGAUGGUGUACUGAGAGCACCCACUGGAGAAGUAGCUGUCCGGGAUAUUGUCCAGUUUGUGCCUUUUAGGAAAUUUCAAAAGGCUCCAAAAGAAGCUCUUGCACAAAGUGUACUUGCCGAAGUGCCUCAACAAGUAGUCUACUAUUUCAACACACGCAAAAUAAACCCUCCAACUGAGCAAAAACCUGAAGAUUUUCUGGAUUUCUAGUUGAUAGGCUGUGAAUUUUUCAAACUUAAUUUGUGCCAUUUCUUUUGUUAAGUUCUUGUAAAUGUGUUUGCAAAAUAAUUGCAUAUGGUUAGUCUCUUAUAAAUGAAAAGGUUAAUUUUUCUUUCCCCCUUUGUGUAACAUAAAGAAUUAUCUUUUUGAUUAAGGCCUUACCAGAUUGUACCUGUUUCCAAAAUGAAUAUUCACUUAGCAGCCCUCAUGCUACAAGCUGUUUUUUUGCAUGUAAUUCCAUUGCUUUGCACAAAAGUGAUCUAAGGGUGCUUGAACUGGGAAAUGAAAAUACUAGUAAAACAGCUUUUCAUGUUCAGCUAUAUGUCACAGCACUGAGUUAUAACCAGCAAAAUUAAUUGCUGUCAAUUAGCCUCAGCAUUUCCAGGCUGUUGAAGGGAAAUUUUCAAUCAGACUUCUUGCUCUUGACUGCUAGAAUUUUCCAAUGGCUGUUGUGUAAAGCUGAGACCAACCCUAUCCUGAUCAGUUCACCAAUACCAAGAGAAGCAAAUUGGUAGGCACUUCAAGUGAAACUGUACGAUUGCUCUUUCUAGACAUGAAGUGGUGAUUUGUUGUGUGUGGGAGGAGAGAAGUGGAACCAAAAUGAAAGCACCUUUUAUUCUAGAAGUUGGCAUUUCCUGUAUUUUGUAAUCCAUGGAACAGUAUUUUGUUGUUAGUCAUCAAAACAUCUCUGCACAACUUUUUUUUCCCCAGAAACAUGCUUCAUGUUUAAACUUUAGAUAAAUUUACUACUUAACAUUUUAAAUGUAUGAUUAUUUUGAAACAAUAUUUAGAAUGAAUCAUACAAUUUUUGUUCUGUUAAAAUUGUGUAAAAAGUUGUUUGAGUAAACUUUUCUUUCAGUUGGUAGGUUUACUGUAUUUACAUAGUGGUCUUGUUUACCACUUUGGCCAAACACACACAUUUUGGUAAAGCAUCAGUUGUAACACUGAAUUGGAAAGUGACUUAGUAUGCUAUGUUUUUCAUAUAGUAUUAUAUGCAGUAUAUUGUAUUGAAAUCAUCAAAUACUUGGCUAACAUUACCAAAGAUUAACAAUUAAUUUGUGGAAGUUAAGGCUUUUUUGAUGAAACCAUAUUUGCUAUGGAGAAUCUGUGAACAAUGUAUUCUGCUGUUGCACUUUCCACAAUAAAGAAAUCAUGAAAAUA